GUUUGAAGAUACAUGGAUUCUACGGAGUACCAUCUCUCGAACGACAGUAUCGUUUCUCGGACCACCGGACGGGCGAGGGGGGCUUCGAGCCCUUCGAGCCCUUCGAGCCCUUCGACGAGCGUUCGACGAGAUUACUGAGUUAGGAUGGAUCGACGGAGAUCCUCCCCGAGUCUCUCCUUAGCAUCAACCUUCGACCCAUGGUUCCGAGCCCUGCUGGCAGUUGGUGUCGGGAGGCGAAGAACGGGUUGCUGGGGGAUUCCAUCCAAUUUGGAGAAGGCGAGACAGACAGAAAAUGGCCCGGAGACUUUUCGGUCUGUUUUCGUUCCCUUCACCUUCACCGGGAGUUGCUGUUCGAAGUCUCCAGCCAUCUUCCGUCUCGGCAAGACCCAACGAGAACUUGAGGGGUUUUCUGUGGUUGAGUGCCUUUUUAGGUUUCUACUUUAGCAAUCCGGCCGGUUUGAUACGAUGCCGUACGUGGUUUACUCCGUCGUAUCCUUCUGCAAAGCGUCGUGGAGAUCAUUCCCCGUGGACCGGGAGUUGAUUCUCGUCCAAUUCAA